AUGUCGUGCUGGGCGCUUUCUAAGCCUCCUGUUGUUAGCCAGGUGUCGUAUGUGAACAGCUUAGAAAAUCUCCUGAAGGAGAAAGCAGAAUCUAAAAGGGUAGAUGAACUAGAAAAGCAGCUACAGGAAGACAUCCAAAGAAGGGAAACCGAUUCUUUAGAUGGACAUGAUGAGGAGAAUGCCCAUGGAGAUGAAGACCUCUCAGAAGAGCACAGGGCAUUUAUAAAGAAGUUUUCAGUAAUAGCUGAUGCUAUACCUGACUACCACCCUGGAGAAGAUAUAUUUGAUUUAUCGACCUCUGGGAAAAUCUUCAGUCAACAUAACCUUGACUUGAGGAAUUUUCAUUUCAUCCCUCAGAAUCCUAUAGAAAAGCUCCUUCUUAGGUAUAACCUCAUGAACCCCAAAGGGACUGGGUCAGCAGCCAGGGUGGCACCAGGGCUGCAGCCCCUGGGCCAGAUGAUUCACUACACUUCCCUCUGUAAACAGUGGGUGGAUCCCAGCUGGAUUUCCGGGAGUCACACUGCACCGAUUCCCGGCUUGAGGAGCCACGGCUCCACGCCUCCUCCUCCUCCUCCUCCUCCUCCUCCUCCCAACCUGUCCUGCAGCAAAGCAUAA